GCUAUAGCUCUAUACAGUGAUGGACGAUAUAAGGGAGCCGAAGAGCUGUUUGUGCAAGUAAUGGAGACUAGGAGGAGAACACUGGGGCACGAGCACCCUCACACGCUUACUAGCGUUAGUAACCUUAGGUCGGUGCUAGAGAGUCAGGACAAGUAUAAGAAGGUAGAGAGGAUGCAUCGACGGGCGCUAGAAGGGUACGAGAAAGCGCUUGGGCACGAGCACCCUAACACGCUCACCUGCUUG